AACUCAAGAAGCAGCUUUUCUGUUUUGUGUUCUUGGCAAUCUCCUAGACGAUCAAUUGAAAGUUUCAAUGACAUCACUCAUAGGCUGAUCCAUCAAACCCCACAUCCCAGCCCCCACCUCUGCCUGUCAGUUUUCAGGGCACCUCAGAAGAGACUGCUCUUUUAGUCAGCACAGAGAACGUCGAUCAGAGGGACUUCAGUUCUCACACACUAAAAUCAUCUCUGCAACAGGGAAAGGUUUGACCUCGAGCACAUUUUAAAAUUCCCUAAUAAUGAAAUGGAAUAUCUACUGUAGGGAAACAUGCCUGGAAUAAUGUGACAACCAUUCUUAAUUUUCCAAAGUUUUACCAUCAGUCAUAUGGAUGAGAGAGAGAGGUCUCUUUAAAAUGCAGUCACCAUUGCACCUGGGACAUUAUGGGACGGACAUGAGACAAUCACCAGGGCUGACUCAGUAACAAGCAGGAGAGAAUAACAGCGUUGUACGUUUUUUAUUUUGACAUCUUCUCUGAAGCUGGAGUAGUGACAGAUUAGUGCAGCUGGAAAAACAGAUUUGCCCUAUGCAACUUUCUAUCAAAAUGAAGUCACCAACAUGGACUCUGUGUGUACUGCUAUGUUUACUGCUGCUUUCAGAAUGCAAACUGGGAUACUCUAAAAAAAGCAACAUACCCCACAGAAGAUAUGCCAGGUCAUCUGAUGGCGAUGACAAGAAGUGUAUGUACACAUUUUUAGUGCCACAACAGAAAAUAACUGGGCCCAUUUGUAUAAACUCUAAAGGACCAGAUGUAGAUACAGAGCAAAUCACUAGGAUGGAUUUGGAAAAUCUUAAGGAAGUACUUUCUAAACAGAAAAGGGAAAUUGAUACCUUGCAGCUGGUAGUGGACAUUGACGGAAAUAUUGUGAAUGAGGUUAAGUUGCUACGGAAAGAGUCUAGAAACAUGAACUCUCGUGUCACACAGCUUUACAUGCAGCUACUUCAUGAAAUAAUACGGAAGAGAGACAAUGCACUAGAGGUAUCCCAAUUGGAGAACAAAAUGCUCAAUGUGACAGUAGAGAUGAUGAAAAUGUCAACAAGGUACAGGGAGCUGCAAAUAAAGUAUGCUGCGUUGACUAGCCUAGUCAACAACCAGUCCGUGCUGAUUAACAUGCUGGAAGACCAAUGUUUGCGUAUCUUCUCGAGAAGGGAUCCUCAAGGGUCACCACCACUUGUUCAAGUUGUGCCACAGCACAUUCCUCUCAAUCAACAGUACACAAGUCUUUUAGGUGAAAAUGAGAUUCCAAGAUAUACUGACUAUCCGAGAGACAGAGAAGUACGACAACCACCACUCCCACCCCCACCAGCUCCGGAGCCUUCCUCAACAAGCAACCCAAUAAGAGGACUACCUGUAACAUCCAGCACUGAAGGCACUUUCAGAGACUGCUAUCACGUGAAAGAGAGUGGAUAUAGCAACAGUGGAAUCUACCUAAUUAAACCAGAGGGAGUCCAAGGCUUGAUGCAGGUGUGGUGUGAGCACAGCCUCGACAUCGGUGGUUGGACAGUCAUUCAGCGUAGAGUCGAUGGAUCAAUCAACUUCUUCAGAAACUGGGAAAAUUACAAGAAAGGAUUUGGAAAUAUUGAUGGAGAGCACUGGUUGGGAUUAGAAAACAUUUACUUGCUGACAAAACAAGGGAAUUACAAACUGCUGAUAGAGCUGGAGGACUGGACUGAUAAGAAGGUAUACGCCGAGUACAGCAGUUUCCGUCUUGAGCCUGAGAGUGACUUUUACAGAAUUCGUCUGGGAACUUAUCAAGGAAAUGCUGGAGAUUCAAUGAUUUGGCACAAUGGAAAGCAGUUUACAACACUUGACAGAGACAGGGACUUGUACUCAGGUAACUGUGCCCAUUUUCACAAAGGCGGUUGGUGGUAUAAUGCAUGUUCACAUGCAAAUCUGAAUGGAGUAUGGUACCGAGGUGGUCAUUAUCGAAACAAAUUCCAAGAUGGGAUAUACUGGGAAGACUACAGAGGUGGAUCGUACUCUCUGAGAUCAGUCAAAAUGAUGAUAAGACCAAUAGACUAAGAACGAUCACACACCUACUGAACAGAGCAUAUUGGAAGCAAGUGUUUAUUAAUGCCAGACAAGGACAUAUCCUCCUCAAUGUAAAAAUCCUACACCCUCAGUUAGCUUGCUGUAAUAUACCAGGACGUUGUGAGUGUCAUGGUUUAUCACUGUGACAGUAUAUACUUGUCUGUGUAUGCAUAUUUUAUUUUCUUAACCUCAACUAAAACCAAAACUAAAAGGUUUUACCACAGUUUCAAGUCCAAACACAAACUUCCAUAUUCCUUUUCUGGAAUUUCAGUAAUGAGUGGAUAAUGAAUUUUACAUAUUACAAAAACACAUUCUAACAGUUAAAUUGGAGUUAUGAUAUGUAAAUAGUAAUUAUGUGUAGCAAUUAUGUAAAACAAUCAUUAUUAUUAUGCUAUUUUUGUAUGCAUCACAAACAAGUCUUACAUUUCUGUGUAAUAGUGUAUUUGCUAAUUUAUGUACUUGUUUGGGUGGGUGGGGGGGGGGGUCUACAAAGGACCUUCACAAAUAAAAAUCCAGGUUAAACAGAGUCCUCAUAAACCAAAAAAACAAUAGUUCAUGACAGGAAAGUACACACUACUGUUACAUUACUAACUUACUGCUCUUAAUUGCAAAACGCUUUUAACAUUGAUUAAUUAAAACACAGGAAACUCAACACUUUUACAGUAGCCAACAUACUGUCUUUUGCCUUUAGCACUCAUCACAAAUGAAGCAAAACCAAAUUGUGUCAAUGGAAUCGGAAACCAAUAUAAAAAAGGUGCAAAAAAGGAAGACCGUCAGUAAGUGGCAUAAGGCAGAAAACCAGAAACAGUACCAGCACCCCUCCGAAGCCACCUCUUUGUUCAGCUAAUGGUGUUAGAGUAAAUCUUAAACCAAUAACACUUCACUACGUCUAACUUCUGCAUGCUGAAAAUCUUACCUUUCCUGUUAAACACAUCUUUCCCCCUCUUCUGCCUUUUACCAUACAGUAUGUGGUGCCUUCUUAUGUGCUGUUACUUUAUCACAACUGUGCACAGUCUGAGGGGGAAAAAUCAAUCUACCACUAAUCAAGUAGAAACAAACUGUAGGUGAAGAAGGUGGGCAGUGAAAAAUAAGAGUCAAACUGCAAAAUAAAAGUAGCAACACUGACAGUUAUCCAUAUGUCUUAAGAACUAACUUCAUGAGAUGUAAGGUUAAAAUACUGCUAAGCCAGUUAGCCAUAAAGAAUAAAAAUUAAAGUGAAAUGGAUAAAAGGGUCACAUCACCCACUAGGUAGUACAUGAUGCAUAGCCACUUGGGUGGCAUGGCAGACCACUCUCUCCUGUGUGAAGCACCAAGGAAAGUUGUAUAUCCCUACUUAACCUAACAAGGGAAGAAAAUGUGCAGCAAAGUUAUUUCCAUAUCAAGAUACAGUUAAAAAGGAUGUAUACAGUAGACAUAAGACCCUUUGAGUCCCCUUCUUGGUAUUGAACAGAAAAAGGUUAAACAGGAAAACAAGUAUCCACCACAGCAUAUCCUCCCUUCCUUUAAUCUCCCCAAUACAAGUAAACCUUCCCAACGUCCUUCAUGAGGUAGGUCAGUAAAAUCCUCCAUGGCCUACUGAUAGCAACUGAGCGAUAUAAUGCCAGAGUAAGAGUGAACACCAGCAAUGGCAGAGCAACAGUAGCUCUGGGACUGCAUGCUGUGUGAUGGGCUGGAAGUGUCACCCUUCUUGAUCGCCACCAUUUUCUCCCCCAGUCAACCCUCUAAAUGUCCAAGUAAAUCUCGGGAAUGCAAACAAAGUGCAGAAGAAACAAAUGGCUACCUGCACUGCCCUUCAUGUAAGUCUUAAAAUUUCCAGAAAGAUAAAGGCAGGAAAACCAGUAACUAGAAGCAGUGAAUUAAAAGGUGCAUCCUCAGACUUAUGAUGGGGAACCAGAAAGACAGCCCAUGAAACAAGUCUACAGGAAAUGAAGUGUAAGAGGGUACUGAAUAAAGCAAUCAGCUACGGUUUGAAAGGUAGAACAUUUCAGUGUUCAUGUUUCCUAAACUGUACAAUAGUGAAGAUGGUAUCCUACUCAAUCUUUCUUCACCACCCCCACAACAUUUCUGAUGACGAAGCAAAAAACUAGAACCUCAAAGUCUGGCAAAAUAGAAAUUACAGAUAAGCAGGAGAAAGACUACUUUCCAUCAAUGCUUCACUCUGUAAUAAAACAACAAAAAAACUUUACAAAGACAGAAGCAAUUAGUCUAUACUAGAUAUGAAUGAAGAAUGAGAAAGGCAAAGCUAUGACGUUACCUAAUACUAAGAACAGUUCCUGUCAGUUUAAAGUCAAUCACCUUAACAACUUUCCCUUCUGCCUUAUAGUCUUCAGGACAGUUACUGUGAAGGGAAACUGUCUACCUUGUUGCCACUAAAUAAGGUGCUAAUAAGAGGUGUCCAAGUAUUCAUGUCCAUGUGUAACUCAGCAGUAAAUUCAUGUACCCCAAAACCCAACAAAACAUCCAAGUAAUCAAAUUCAAGGCUGUAGUUUGUGUGCUCCCAUGUGUGAGUUGGGGGAGGGAGCAGAGAAGUAAUACAAUUUGUAUAUGUACUGUAAAACUGUAUACCACCCAAAGAUUCUGUGCAUGCAUUUCCACUGUAGCACCUCAAAUAAUGUCUAGACAAGGCAAAUCACACACGGGAGAAAAAAAAUAAUUUUUAGAAAAGAUAACCCCCCCUUCCCAUAUCUAUCGUGUGUGGGGUAAAUCCCUACAUCUCAUGUACACAUGUAUGCACAUAUAUAUCUGUAUAACAUAUAAACACACACAUGAACAAGUGUACAUAUAUACAUAGCGAUUUACAGCACUAAGUAAAGCUGGCAGCAGAAUUUGCGUCAUGAAGAAAUGUCACAAAACUUUAGCACCAUAAAAAGGGGUGCCCUCUAAACAGCCAUUAGGAUUCUGUGUCCUUCCCCAGUGUGGCAUAUCCUGUCAGAUACAACUUUCUUCCAUCAAAAUGUUAAGUUAAGCUCCAACCUGCCAUGCGGAUUUGCAAUCCCCUGCUAAAUCCAUCGACUGAUGAAGAUCAGUCUAAAUGAGAACGGACAAUGUAGUUUCAGAGGUGUUCAAUUUAUUUACAGGUUUUCUUUGAGGUUAAAAAAAAGAUUAGAUGGCUUACUGAUCAGCUCUCCUAAAAACUAACAAUGCCAUGAAGACUUGACCAAAGUUAACCAUGCAGUGUUAAGAUAAUUAACUACUAAGUGAAAAAAUUUUCAAUGAAAAUUGGGCCUGGCAAAGUUGUAUUAUGACAACAUGCGAACAAUGUCAUUUACAUUCACAGCACUGGGAUGUAUAAGCAAUGUGCUAAAUAAAAGACUUGUGUUCUGAAA